AGCAGACUAGAGUCAGGCAGCAUCAUUCAUGCUUACACUAGCCAGGUCCUGGUUCACUUAGAAGAGAGCACUGGUACAGGACGAGCUGCCUCCGCCAUAGCAGCGUCCUCGCUUGCUCCUCUGGAAGGAAGCCUGUGGGUUUAAGAUCUUUAGGAAGUGACAAGAAUUGCACCUGGGAAGAUGCCCUUGGGGAAGCUUAAACAAACAAGCUUAGAGAGUCAAGUGACAGAAUUGUGAAAGUCUUCCUGGCUGGGACCUCACCUGAGAAUGUGUACCUAGCUUCCGUACACUGUGAGCAUGUGUCUGUUUUGCUCACAGCUGUACAUUAUAGUCUCAAUGCUCGGGGCCACUCCAGGCUGGAGGAUCUGUUCUAGUAGAUAGACCAGACAUCUGGACCGCCCGCUGUUUAAGAUACUGAGUCAUGAAGGCUGUGGCCACCGUUUUUAUCUGUGGGAGCCUGGUAUUGAUAACCUACCUGCCUUUGGUGGUGACGUCACCUCAAACACUGGCCAUCCCUGAGAAGCUACGACAAGCUGUGGGGAGAGUCGUCGUCAACGCCACAGCAUGCAGUGUUACCUGCGGCCUCGGCUACAAGGAAGAGACGAGCUGUGAGGUGGGUCCCGAUGGAGUGAGGAGGGACUGCAGAUCCCAGCGUUUGGAGUGUCUGACCAACUGGAUCUGCGGAAUGCUUCAUUUCACCAUUAUCCAGAGGCAGCAGUUCGAGCUGAACUGUCUCAGCUCAGACAUCCUGACGAAAGGGCAGGAGGCUUUCCGCUUCACCUGGAAGCUCGCUCGGGGCAUCAUCUCUACUAACGACGAGCUCUUUAAACCCUUCCGAGCCAACUCCCCCUUUCUACGAUUCAAACCGGCCUACGAGUCUGACUCUGGGACGUAUCGAUGUGAUGUGCAGCAGCUAAAGAACUUGAAACUUGUCAAGAGGCUCUAUUUUGGCCUGAGGGUCCUUCCUCCGAAGUUGGUAAACCUAAAUUUCCAACAGUCCCUUACAGAGGAUCAGAAGUUGGCAGAGGAGGGCUGGGAAGUUCAUCUCGACAACCAGUCUCAGCCUCACCUCCCAGGGUGGCGAAAGAAAGUGUCAUUGGCUUUGGGUGUAGGGAUCGCCGCUGGAGUGGUCGGAGGUGUGUUGGUGAACGUUGCUCUCUGCAGGGUCCUGGGAGGGACCGGUGGCAAUGGGAACCUCAGCAGCUUAUAACUCCUGCCUUCCUCCAGGAAGCUGAGCUAGCUUGUAUGUGAGUGUCCCGUGCCUCUGAUGGUGAAGUGGCAAGAGAGGGCUCUCAGCCAGAGUUGGCUAGGAGGCUUGGAGGAUGCAACCUCAUGAUAGCUCAGGGCAGCAUCCACCAUUGUAGUCCGGUUUCCUCCAUAACAGGUGCUCAGGAGCCCCCUGCAGGCUUUGCUUCUGCUCCUAGGGAGAGUUCUGUCUUCCACGGUUUUUAUGCCUCACCUCCUGUGUGUGUAUGUGUGUGUGUGUGUGUGUGUGUGCGCGCUCGUGCGCGCGUGUGCGCCGCUCCCCCCAGCUCCACCUCUCCAAACAGUGUGUAUGGGCCAGAAUGUACUAAUCGCAGCCUUUUAGUUUUGGUAACCUUUUAUUUUUGUUCAAUAAAAUAAUUCACAGGAA